UUUAACCAGGUGAAAUCGUAUGCGACGUUGUGGAAAAUUCCGCAGAUAAAAAACAAUUCAGAUAUUUUUAGUAGAAAUAAACAAAGAAAGUCGCAAGUCAUAGAUGUGAAAAUAUUAUUUUGUGGAUAAUAAAAUUAACACAAACAACUGCUCUUGCCACGCGACAUAAUAAAAUAUUAACUUACAAAGUGCUUUGAAGAUUCGAAACAAUAAACAUAAAUAAGAUAACAGAAGCUGAGACAUUUUUCUGUCGAUCACGUGAUUUUGAAAUUUGAAGAUAUUUUAAGAUUUCUGCUUUUUCUUUACGGAAGAGAAGAAAAGUUCAAGGAAAACAUUAAGAACUGUUUUGCGUGGGUGUAUAGAAGAACUGUUUCUGUUUGUUUUUCUAUUGAAACAUUAAUUUGCAAUCGAAAAUGAGUUCACGUGGUUUUUUGUUGCGAACUGUCGAUGAUGACUCAUAUAAUCAACCUGAGUUACGACCAUUGUCACCGAACAUUGUCGUGUCUCGUAGUGAUUACUUUGCUGCUAUGGAGGAAGAUAGCGAAUCACCGGCAAUGUCAUUUACUGGAGCUCAAGGUGUCUGUACUCCGAAAAGUCCUGAAUUGGAGGAAUCCACGGAUGAUUUACCAAAUCAAAUCUCGGCGGAUUAUGAAGUUCCACAAUUUCCCAUCGAACAGAUUGAAAAAAAAUUAAUGUUGCAGCGUCAUUUGACGGCAAAAGUAAUGGAAAUUGAUCGUCAGUCGUUAGCUUCUGAGGUUCAUCCUUAUGAUACAUUCUCGAUCGAUGAACAUGAUUUUGUUCCUCAUUUUCAACGUGUUUCCAUAUCAGGGGAAGAUACGAGUGGAGUUCCGUUGGAAGAUUUGGAAAAAGCUUCGCAUUUGUUGAUAACUGCUUUAGAGCUUCGUGAACGUUACAUGGCAAUGUCACACCAAUCUUUUCCACAUACAACAGGCAGAUUUGUUCGUGCACGUCAAGAGAAAGAUGCAAAUGUUGUUCAUCAUGAUGAUAAGAAAACAAUUGCUGAACAUCCUGUAAAUCCGCCUGAUAAUCACAGCCCUUGGGAACUGGAAUUUCCCGAAGAUCUCAAUUAUACAAUCAAAGCAACUACCGGAACGUUUGAAGUCUUCCGUGAUGCUGAAGCUAACGAUAAAAUUGACUAUCCAUGUCCAAAUGUAAACGAAUUCAUUCAAGACAUGCAAACUAUGUGUGCAAUGAUCGCUGAUGGGCCUUUAAAGUCUUUCUGUUAUCGUCGCUUAAGUUAUUUGUAUUCAAAGUUCCAGCUUCAUGUUCUACUCAACGAACUUCGCGAGUUGGCUUCACAAAAAGCUGUUCCACAUCGCGACUUCUACAAUAUCAGAAAAGUUGACACUCACAUUCACGCAGCUUCAUGUAUGAAUCAAAAACAUUUGUUGAGAUUCAUUAAGAAGACUUUAAAACAAAAUGCUGAUGAAGUUGUAACUGUCACCAAAUCGGGCCAGAAAAUGACUUUGUCCGAAGUUUUUAAUUCAAUGAAUUUGACGACUUAUGAUUUAACUGUUGACAUGUUGGAUGUUCAUGCGGAUCGCAACACUUUCCAUCGCUUCGAUAAAUUUAAUGCCAAAUACAAUCCAAUUGGCGAAUCACGUUUACGUGAAGUUUUCUUGAAAACUGACAACUAUUUAAACGGAAAAUAUUUCGCUCACAUUAUCAAAGAAGUUGCAAGCGACUUUGAAGAAUCAAAAUAUCAAAAUGCUGAAUUGCGUUUGUCAAUUUAUGGAAAAUCUCGUGAUGAAUGGGAAAAGUUAGCUAAAUGGGGUCUUCAGCACAAUGUCUAUUCAGACAACAUUCGUUGGUUGAUUCAAGUUCCACGUCUGUAUGACAUCUUCAAGACAAAUAAGUUGUUAAAGUCAUUCCAAGAGAUUAUUGACAAUAUUUUCUUGCCUUUGUUUGAAGCAACUAACAAUCCUAGUAAACAUCCAGAAUUGCAUAAAUUCUUGCAAUAUGUCAUUGGAUUAGAUUCAGUUGAUGAUGAGAGUAAACCAGAAAAUCCAUUAUUUGAUCCCGACAUGCCAUACCCUGAGAAAUGGACAACAGAUGAGAAUCCACCUUAUGCUUAUUAUCUUUUCUACAUGUACUCGAAUCUCACUGUUCUCAAUAAUUUCCGCCGCGAACGUGGUCUCAACACUUUCGUUUUACGGCCACAUUGCGGCGAAGCUGGCGCAGUUCAACAUCUUGUUUGCGGUUAUUUAAUGGCAGAAAAUAUUUCUCAUGGUCUGAUGCUUCGUAAGGUGCCAGUUCUUCAAUAUUUGUAUUAUCUCGCUCAAAUCGGCAUUGCUAUGAGUCCACUCUCAAACAAUUCAUUAUUCUUGAAUUAUCAUCGUAAUCCAUUACCAGAAUAUCUUGCUCGGGGCCUAAUUGUUUCGCUUUCAACCGAUGAUCCACUUCAAUUCCAUUUCACCAAAGAACCUUUAAUGGAAGAAUAUAGCAUUGCAGCGCAAGUGUGGAAACUUUCAUCAUGCGACAUGUGUGAGUUGGCAAGAAAUAGUGUGAUCAUGUCAGGCUUUACUCAUAAUGUUAAACAACAUUGGCUUGGUCCAAACUAUACACGCGAAGGUAUUCCAGGCAAUGACAUCACUCGAACUAACGUGCCAGAUAUCAGAGUCGCUUUUCGUUACGAAACUUUGUUGGACGAAUUGAAAAACAUUUUCAAAGUCGCUUUAGGGCCUGCUUAGGAUUUAGAUUGGAAUAAAGAUUCAGUGACUGAAUGAAAGUUUUCUAGAUGAAGUUUUGUUUAAGAAAAUUGUUUAGGAAAAAAAUAUCUGAUUAAAUUUGUUGAUAGAUGAUGGAUUGGAUUAGAUAUUUGCAUGUCUUUUCUUACUUCAAUAAUUAAAAAUCUUUAUAAAAAAGAAUUUAAAAGUUGAUUUCCAAGAGAAGAAAUUUGAUUUUUAAUUAUAAGUAGAACUUUCAAGAAGGAAAUUUUAGAGUUUAGGACCAAAUUGCAGACAAUUGUUUCUAAACAUUAUCAACUUGGGAUCUGCAGAGAGGUUUUGUUACUUAGUGUCUUAUCAAGCUAAAGAUUUUUUUGUACGAAAAAUAGUUGUAAGUGGAAUAUCAACGAAGAACUCAACAGAUUGAUCAUGAAAUAACUUUCUGAUGAUUAAUUAUAGCUGUUGACGAUAAAUAUCUACUUGAAUGACAUUUUCAGAUUCUCUUUAAAAUUUAAAACUUUCAUUUCUUUCCUCUCAAAUUGUUAGCAUUCAAAGAAAACUUUUUCAAAUGUGAUUUUCUUUUAUAUUCUUGAAUAACAAAAGGAAAUUAUAAUCUAAUAAAAAAAAAAUAUAUAAUCAGAGAUGAAUUUAAAAUUGGUACAAGAUUAGGAGAAAAUAACCCAAAUAAUCAAAUUUUCCUUGACAUUAAUUCAAAUUAUUUAUAUUGUUCGUGUUUAAUGAUGUUGUAUCUAUUUAGUUGUAUUUAUCAACUAUCGAAUUCUUGUAAUCUGAAUCAAAUAUUUGUUCGAAAAAUAAAGAAAGGAAAAGAAUGAGAAAAU